UAUCGAAAUGAAACGGAAGGCUGGUAUGUCAAUCUGGGACCCAUGCGUCUCCCUGAGAGACACAGGAUUAUCCGGGAAUAUAUCAGAAAAUUUGGUCUCAAGUUGAACGAAUUUCUUCAGGAAAAUGAGAAUGCCUGGUAUUUUAUUAGAAACAUCAGGAAGAGAGUAUGGGAAGUCAAGAAAGACCCCGGCGUCUUCAAAUAUCCUGUGGAGCCCUCAGAAGAAGGCAAAUCUGCUUCACAGUUAUAUCGAGAAUCCCUCGAAAAGGUUAUAGAAGAAUUGAAAAGGACUAACUGCAGCUACAUACUAAAUAAAUAUGACACCUACUCAACAAAGGUAUUUGGAUUUUGCCCUGAAACCAUAUCUCCAGACAGUACAGUUUGGGGAGGAGGGUUCAGGGUGGGGAGUAAUCUUUAAGAUAUCGUAUUUU